CGCAGGCUGCGUCAAAAACCGUCGCGUUUGAAAGCAUGUGGAUGGACGAGAAGGUUUGAGACGUGUAUCCGCGUGUGAUAGAGAUCAGCAGGGCCGGGCCUAAGCGCAGGAACACUAGAGCUCGGCUUUAAAGCAUCUUCUACUGGGGAAAAAAAUCUAAAGAAGGGAAAAAGAUGAAAGAAUAAAAGUUUAAUACGGGAGAGAAAGAGCGAGCAUGUGAGAGGUGAGAAAGGGAAGAUGAAGGGCUCCUGGGGCAGUGACACAGCUGGGAGAAGGUCAUGAUUACUUAGGGGACAAAAACACAGAAGUUUGGACAAAGUCAUGGCGCACAAUCAGGAGCCCGGAGCCGCCGUGCAGACGCGCAACAGGCGCAGAGGGAAAAAGGACAGUAAGACCAGGACCGUGCACGCGAACGUGGUGUACGAGCAGCACAAGGACAACCGGCUGUACGCCAACAACAAGAUCAAGACCACCAAGUACACCGUGCUGUCCUUCAUCCCCAAGAACCUGUUCGAGCAGUUCCACCGCUUCGCCAACGUUUACUUCGUCUUCAUCGCGCUGCUCAACUUCGUGCCGCUCGUUAACGCGUUCCAGCCGGUGCUCGCGCUCGCGCCGGUGCUCUUCAUCCUGUCCGUUACCGCCAUCAAAGACCUGUGGGAGGAUUACAGGAGACACCGAUCUGACCAGGAGAUCAACCACAUGGACUGUCUGGUUUACAGCAGGACGGAGCGCCGUUAUGUGGAACAGUACUGGAAGGAUGUGCGUGUGGGAGACUUCAUCCGUCUGCGCUGUAACGAGAUCGUUCCUGCCGACGUGCUGCUGCUGAGCUCCAGCGAUCCGGACCGACUGUGCCACAUCGAGACGGCCACGCUGGACGGAGAGACCAACCUGAAGCAGAGGCAGGUGGUGCGCAGCUUUAUCGACCUGGACACUGAGUUCGACCCCAUGAAGUACAACAGUGUUAUCGAGUGCGAGAAGCCAAACAACGACCUGAACCGUUUCCGUGGUUACAUACUCCAUCGUAAUGGAAGGAGAGAUGGUCUCUACAAAGACAACCUGCUGCUCAGAGGCUGCACCAUUCGUAACACAGAGGAAGCUGUGGGCAUCGUCAUCUAUGCAGGUCAUGAAACUAAAGCCAUGUUAAACAACAACGGGCCGCGAUACAAACGCAGUAAACUGGAGCGGAGGAUGAACGUCGACGUCUUCUGGUGUGUCAUCAUCCUGCUGGUCAUGUGUCUGUUCUCUGCCAUCGGUCACGGUUUGUGGAUGUUUCAGUACGGUGAUAAGAGGCCGGUGUUUGAUGUUCUGAGUCCUGAGGGAACUGAUCUGUCUCCUGUGGUCUCGGCUGUGUAUCUGUUCCUCACCAUGAUCAUCGUGUUCCAGGUGCUGAUCCCCAUCUCACUCUUCGUCUCCAUCGAGAUUGUGAAGAUCUGCCAGGUUUACUUCAUCCACCAGGACGUGGAGCUGUAUGACGAGGAGACGGACUCUCACCUGCAGUGUCGAGCUCUCAACAUCACAGAGGAUCUCGGCCAGAUGCAGUACAUCUUCUCUGAUAAGACGGGAACGCUCACCGAGAACAAGAUGGUGUUCCGUCGCUGCACCGUGGCUGGAGUCGAGUACUCGCAUGACGCUAACGCGCGGAGGCUGGCGAUGAUGUACCAGGACGUGGACUCUGAGGAGGAGGAGUGUGUGUCUCACGGAGGAACUUUACCCAGGAGAGACAGUGUGUGUAGUCAACACAGCGGCCGAGUCGUCCUGCGCUCACAGAGCACCAAAUCACACCGACGCACAGGGAGCAGAGCCGAGGCCAAGAGGGCCAGCAUCCUGUCCAAACACACCGCCUUCAGCAGCCCCAUGGAGAAAGACAUCACUCCAGACCCUCAGCUGAUGGAGAAGGUGAACGAGUGCGGCAGUCAGAUGGAGUUCAUGCGCUUCCACAAUCAGCUCCUCAGCCAGAUUCCUCCUGAUCUGUGUGACGUCUUCGACUUCUUCAUCGCUCUCACCAUCUGCAACACGGUGGUCGUGUCGUCGCCCAAUCAGCCGCGGCAGAAGGUGCGUCGUUUUGAGCUGAAAUCUCCAGUAAAGACCAUUGAGGACUUUAUUAAGCGCUUCACACCAAGUCGCCUGACGUCCGGCUCCAACAACAGCAGCUCGUCCAGUCUGGCCACCAACCGCUCGUCGUCUCAGCGCGCCACCUCCACCGUUCUGUCGUCUCCGUCAGCCGAGAUCGCGCUGGCUAAGCUAGACGAGGAGCGUCUGCAGCAGGCCUUCAGCCCCGUCCCUCAAGGACACUCCAGGGCUCCUGCUCGUGAUGAAGGCGAGCUACGUUAUGAAGCGGAGUCUCCGGAUGAAGCGGCUCUGGUGUACGCCGCCCGCGCCUACAACUGUGCCCUGGUGGGCCGACUGGCGGAUCAGGUGACUGUGGAGCUGCCACAUGUGGGGAAGCUAAGCUUCGAGCUGCUGCACACGCUGGGGUUCGACUCCACCCGUAAGCGCAUGUCUGUGGUGGUGCGACAUCCACUGACCGAGCAGAUCACCGUCUACACCAAAGGAGCCGACUCCGUCAUCAUGGACCUCAUCAGACCCCCUGCAACAGACUCCAAAGGCAAACGUCAGCGCAAAAUCCGGUAUAAAACCCAGAAUUACUUGAACCUGUACGCCGCUGACGGCCUCCGAACUCUGUGCAUCGCCAAAAAGGUCCUCAGUAAAGAAGAGUAUGCCUGCUGGCUGCGGCGCCACCUAGAGGCUGAAACGGCCAUCCAGGGCAGAGAGGAGCUGCUGUUCGAGUCCGCGCUUCGACUGGAGACCGAUCUACAUCUGUUGGGGGCAACAGGGAUCGAGGACCGGCUGCAGGACGGCGUACCGGAGACCAUCGCUGCUCUGAGGACGGCGGGGCUGCAGAUCUGGGUUCUGACGGGGGACAAACAGGAGACAGCCAUCAACAUCGCCUACGCCUGCAAACUGCUCGACCCCGAGGAGGAAAUCAUCACACUCAACGCUGACUCGCAGGAGGCCUGUGCUGUUCUUCUUGAUGAAAGCUUGCACUACAUCCAGGCCAAGUUCCUGUGCAGUUCCUCGUCUGAUCCUCAUGCGACUCGGCUUGUCCAGCAGGACUACACCAGCAUUCACUUCCUGUCUCCAAGCUCUGGCUCCACCCCCUCAGGCCCGUUCCUGGUGCACCAGCUGGGACUGGUGAUUGAUGGCCGCACUCUGGCCUACGCUCUGGAUAAGAGUCUGGAGGAUAAGUUCUUGGCUGUGGCUCGGAGCUGCAGGUCAGUGCUGUGCUGUCGCUCUACACCGCUGCAGAAGAGCAUGGUGGUCAAACUGGUGCGCAACAAGCUCAAGGUCAUGACCCUGGCCAUAGGUGACGGGGCUAAUGAUGUCAGUAUGAUCCAGGUGGCGGACGUUGGUGUGGGCAUCUCUGGGCAGGAGGGCAUGCAGGCGGUGAUGGCCAGCGAUUUCGCUCUUCCUCGUUUUCAGUACCUGCAGAAGCUCCUCCUGGUCCAUGGACACUGGUGCUACUCUCGUCUGGCCAACAUGAUCCUCUACUUCUUCUACAAAAAUGCUAUGUUUGUGGCUCUCAUCUUCUGGUAUCAGUUCUACUGCGGCUUCUCCGGCUCGGCCAUGGUCGAUCAGUGGUAUCUGAUCUUCUUCAACCUCAUGUUCUCGGCGUUCCCGCAGCUCAUCACCGGGACACUAGACAAAGACGUUUCCGUGGAGACUCUACAGGAGCUUCCGCAGCUCUAUAUGAGCGGACAGAACUCUGAGGAAUAUAAGCCCUACAUGUUCUGGAUGAAUAUGAUCGAUGCCUUCUACCAAAGUCUCGUCUGUUUCUUCAUCCCCUACUUUGCGUACGCCGACUCUGACGUGGAUCUGUUCACCUGGGGCACGCCCAUCACCACCCUCGCACUCCUCACCAUCCUGCUGCAGCUCGGCAUCGAAACCAAAACCUGGGUCUCUCAAACAGUCUGUGUGGGUUUUCAGUGUCCCAGUAAAGCUGUAGCAGAUUUCUCCAACAUCCCAGAACAUACGUGGAUGAACUGGGCGUCUAUAGCGUUCAGUGUGGGGUUGUUCUUCACCGUGGCUCUGUGCUACAACGCCUCCUGCCCCACAUGUUACUCCCCCUCCAACCCCUACUGGACCAUGCAGAAGCUUCUGGGAGAUCCUCUCUUCUAUCUGCUGUGUGUUGUCACACCCAUCGCUGCUCUUCUGCCCAGAUAUUUCUACCGAGCGUGUCAGGGUUCCCUGUUCCCGAGCCCGUUGCAGGUUGGACGUCAGCUGGACAGGUUCCCGCCGGAGCUGCGUAGACGUCUGCUGCACCAGAGCCAGAACAAUCUCUUCCCGUUCUCCAGACCUUUUAUCAAACCCUGCAGCUCCAUGCUGACUCCUCCUCAACCUCACCCUGCCCACACCAAGCACAAGCCCACAGUCUCUGAUCUCAGCAUGUCUUCUAAGAGCAUGGAGAUGAAGGACACGUCCCGGACUUCCGGGAACACGGAGAACCACCACGUGGUGCAGAACUCGAAGUAUUCUCCACACGGAGCUAGCGAGAGCAGCACACUACCGUACACCAAAGAUCAGCCUCAUCCCGACCCCGGCGUGCUCACGUCCACGCCGCUGCUGCCUCACACGGACAGCGUGCGGCUCGCCUCGCCCCCCUGUGGCGGUGUCACUUAUAAGAAGGGUUCUGACGUCUCGGAGGACCCGACGCCAGGGCCACUCCGAGAACACUCGGGUUCCUGAUGCGGAGGAUUUCACUCCAGAUUUGCACGUUUUUUUUAAUUCUAUUUUUCAGAAUUAUUUGAUGACAUGGGUACUAUUAUAUAUACGGGCUAUAUUUUAGAUGUGUACAGUUUUUUUUUCGGAAUAAAGAUUAUUUUGUUUUUGAGUAGAAACGAAUACACGUUCAAACUGGAUCGUCUUAACCUUGUGUUUUUACCAGGAAAAAUUAUUCCCAAGCUCAUUUCCUCCAGAGACAUUCUGUUCUUUAUCUAAGCUGUUAUUUAUUUGCACCUGGAGCUUAAAGACACACACACACACACACACACACACACACACACACACCAGCACGAUGUUAACACAUUAAUAUAUAAAGUUUUUCUGGAAUUAUUCACUCUGUAGGGAAUCUCACAAAUACACAGACACACACACCCAGACACACAUACACACACACACACCCAGACACAUACACACACACCCAGACACACACACACCCAGACACACACACACCAGCACAAUGUUAACACGUUCAUAUAUAAAGUUUUUCUGGAAUUAUUCACUCAGUAGGGAAUCUCACAACAUACACACACACACACACACACACACACACACACACACACACACACAGUAAUGAAUCAUUGAUGCAGCUCCUUGUCUCUUCGUGCACUACAUACCAAAUUGACUCUGGAGCUCGUACCUCAUGACUCACGCUUUCCAGAUUUCCUGAAAAUCCUAAAAUCAUCUAUAGCAAAUAUUUUGCCAGGUUUUUUUUUUUUACUGUUUUUUUUGGAUCGUAUUCAGACCAAAGCUGCAUCUCAUGAAUAUUCAUGCUGCUCGUAUUUGUAUAUCAACAGACCAACAGCCCCCCGCUUUAAUCCACACUUUUUUAUUUUAUCUAUAAGACCACCAGAGAGAGUUUAUUAUAGUCGACAUGCAGAUUUAUUGGUGUAAGUCAUGUCGUGUGUGCUGUUGGUUAUUGUUGUUGUCUACAUAAAGCACUAACGCUGAUGUGUGACCAGGUUCCUGCUCGCUGGCUGUUUACGGUUCAUUGUGCUGCAUUUAUUCAGUAAACACCAACAUGUUUAUUGUCCUGACGUCAAACCUGGACACCAGUUUGUGCAAAAUCUCAAAAUUAGGUGCUAAAUUAUUAACUCCGAUGUCCACCUCUUAUAAAUCCUGUGUUCAUGAUGCGUUAUGUGUUCAGUGUGUCAUAUAGCAUUCAUAAUACCUUGUAAUAUUUUAUAAUACGGUUAUUACCUGCUAUAAAGCGCCGGCUUCUAUGUAGGAUUAUGUACGUUAUGUUACAGCUGCCAAGAUUUUGUGUUAUUGCUAAUAAAUAAAGUUACGUAGAUAUUACUUAUGUAUGAUGUUAUACAGCUUAUAUAAUACCUUAUAAUGCAAAGUCCUGAUAAUCACUAAUGUUACAUGUGUAAGACUUUGUAAAGCAAGAACUGUCAUAGUGUGUUAUAAGGUAUUAUAUGUACUGUUUACUGCAUGGCAGAAUGUGGCAUUUGUGCUUAUUUGUUAGUUACAUGCAUAACACUUCAUUAAGCAUGAGAAUUUGGCUGUAAUGUCACCUUACAUAUGACAUAACAUCCAGACACUAAAGCAGAGUGUCUAUAAUGCAUUACAACAUGGUCAGAUUUCAGUGUUAUAUAAUCUGACAUUAUGAAGCCAUUUUAAAUGCUUUCUAAAGUAUUGGAUGUCACUAUAACAGACUACUUCUAGGUAUUAUAACAUAUGAUGUGCUUCAUAAUGCAUGAUUUUGUCUAGAGGCUAUACCAGAUCUUGUGUUAUAAUGCAUUACAACGUAAACAGAUAUUGUUCGUCACCUGUAGUUGUUACCUAAAGUAUUACUCAUGUCAACCCUUUACAAUGCAUUAUUACACUUUAAAACAAUACCAAAGCUUGUGUUAUAAUGCAUUACAAAGAGAGGUAUUAUGAAGUUGUAUGUAUAUGUUAUGCAUCUUCUGCUGGCUUAUGUCAUGUAUUAGUGCAUCAUCAAAGCUUCUAACUCAUAAUGAGAACUCGAGACUAAACCAGAGCUUGUUAUAAAGCAUCACAACUCAGAUGCAUGUUAUGUCACCUGAUGUUAUCAGGUUGUUACCUAGAGUAUUAUACAUGUAUAUCACUAUUACAGCCUUAUGUCAGGCUUCGUGUCACUUCGGUUAGAAACAAUGUCGGAGCUUGUGUUAUUAUUCAUUACAUCAUGAAGAGAUGUUAUAAGGCAUUAUGAAACCUCACAUUUUCUUGUGUGUCUAUCACUAUUACAGGCUUACAGCAGGUAUUAUAACUCGCCGUUCAUGCAUUAUAACGCAUUACGAACACAGGAUUCAUAGGAAAUGUUAAUGUUGUGUAAGAUGUCUGUUUGUUUAAGCCGAUGAUCUGAUUUCAGAGCUGUGGAGUUUUUGUAACACAGGAUUCAGGAGAAACUCUGAAGUUAUCUGAAUUUUUAGUCCUGAAGUCCUCACUUUUAGUCCUCACUUUUUUUUAGCUAUUACGUCAUUAGCGCUUUAUUUUACAGUAACUUCGUCUAGAAGUGAAUAAACAAAUGUUGUAUUACAGCUGAUGUCUAUAAUUAUAUAAGGAUUGUGCGAAGUUUUAUAGCUACAUAAAUCGAUCGUGUAGUAAUACGUUACGCAGGUUGGGAACGUAGUGCGAAGGAACAUCGAACAUUUUUAAAAUCCUUCAGAGACACGUCCGUUUUUUGGCCGUUAAGAAUAUUUUUCACGUUAGUUGCACCCGAAAAACCCAAACUGUGUAUAAAUACUGCAUCGUUCUGUGUAACCGAGUCACCGCUGUGUUUUAGCAUCACACGGCCUUUUAAAAUGGGGUCAUUAAAUGAUUUCGGAUUGACAUCUUCUGUUAAACUCAGAGGAUUUUUACAGUACUGUAAAAUAAAGAGCUACGUCUCAUGCCAAGACCCCCCACCCCCACCCCCAACACAAUGUUGCUGUAUUUUUGGGAAGUCACCACAUUCUCAGCGUGGAUUUGCAAUGUGUUUAAAUAUGCAGUGAAUAUCUGAGGUUCUCACCAGUCCCUGGUUCUAAAGGGUCACUAAGUGCCUUUGUGCUUCAGAGCGCUCGGGUCCAGGAAGCAGAAAUAGGUGUUUGUUUUCAUUUGUAUUUCUUUCUUGAUUUAACACAUUAAUUUGUACAGAGAAGAAUAUCCAAAGCAUUGGGAAAUGGACCAAAUGUGUGUGUGUGUGUGUGUGUGUGUGUGUGUGUGUGUGUGUGUGUGUGUGUGUGGGUCCCGAAGAGGCCUGUGGUGUUGCAAAAAUACACUCGGGAGUGGCUUCAUAUCUGCCUUCUUUUUUUUUUGGUCAAAUGCCUUUACACUGGAGACGACACUAUUUUUAGAGAACAAUGUCUUACUGCAGUUGUUAUAAACAGUUUAUAAGUGAGCAUAAGUGUAUAAACUGUUGGACAGUUAGUUUAACCAAAAGUUUAAUAAAGAAAGCUUUCUCAAAACA